AUGAGCGAACCUAUCAAAAGCAUUGAUAUAACUUUACCUGAAGAAGACUCAACUUAUGAUAAGCAUUUAACUAGGAAAAGAUCUUUAUCCGGCUCUGAAAAUGUAACCCCAAGGUUAAAAUUUGCCUUAUGCAAUCCAACAAUUGUACAAAAUUCUACUGUCAAAAAUGUUGAUAAUUCCAUUAAUAAUACUGAUAAUUCCAUUAAGGAUAGUUUUAGGUUUAUAGCCAAACAUAAUACUCAUAUUGACUUUGACAAAUUGAAAAUGGUUGCUUCAAGCAGAAGAAAAUUAUCUGAGUUUUCAAAAUUAUUUGCUUAUCUACCUGAGCAGAAACUCAUCCGUUAUUGUCAAGUUGCUGAAAAUAAUAUCGAGAUUUGCAAUAAGGAAAUAAACUUUGCUAACCCAGAGGAACUACGAAAGCGUCAUGCUUCAAAGUGCAAAGAGCAUAUAAGAACCGAUCAUCCUGAAGUCUUUGUUUCCGAAGACCCGCAGGCAUUUCUCAACAAGAAACACAGUCCAGUAAGGAAGAUACUAGGUAAAAAAAACAACGAUAUUUUGAGAAUGUUUGGAACGAAAAAAGUGCAACAAGAAAAAUCUCUUUCGCUAGUUGAAAGAUAUAUUGUCAUGCAGAUCUUGACAGGUCAAUCAUUCUAUGCGAUAGAUAGUAUCAUGUCAAGACAAUUUCUUAAAGAUGUAAUCCCAGAAUAUACAGGUACUAGUUUGAUAAAUCAAUGUUCAGAUGUCAUAACGAAAUUGUCUAUCAGGAUCACUGAAUAUUUUAGCUCUAAAUUAGAGGAGAAUAAGAUAUUUAGUAACAAGAUACAAAUUAAUGUUCCUACUUUUGAACUUCGCCUUAUAAGAACUAUAAUUGAGAGAAUGCGGUUAUUGAAGGAGAAUGUGCCGCCAUAUGUAGCUUUGGAGACCGAUGACUGGAAGUCAAACAAGCAAAUAAAAAUUUCUUCUGUUAUCUUUAAUUUUACAACUUUCUCUAACCGAAAAGCUAACUUUGUCGCCGAAUACAAGAAGGUGAAGUGCAAGACUGAGGCUGAUCAUAAGGAUUUCUUAAUCGGCACGUGUGAGAAGUAUCAUACCAACAAUCUAUGGGUGAACACAUGCACAGAUAAUGCGUCAGCUGUACUUCAUUGCACAUCUGAACUGGCUUCCGACGAGAAUUAUGCUGUUUAUGCAGGCCAUAUAAGUUGUUUAUGUCAUAUAUUAAAUUUGGUUUGUGAAAGUGUUAUAAGGUGUGUCUCUAGCGAGGAAGGCGUGGAUGAGCUACUUGAAAUGGAUGAUGAGUUGUUAUCAGGUAGCGAUGAGGAAGAAGAUGAAUUUAUAAACGCCGACAUAUUUGAUUUGGUCACGGAUCCUUUUUCAGGUAAAUCACCCGAGGUGCUAUUAAAACUUGUUAAAUUUGGUGCAGAAGUAAGAAAAUCUGCUGACAAGUUAAAGGUUUAUGAUAAAUACGUAACAAAACGUAUCCCAGCAUUUUGUUCUGUUGGGUGGGAUAUAAAGUACAACAUCCUGAAAUUAUUUGUUGAACACCAUGAAGAAAUGUUUCGAUUUUUCAAGCACUGCCGAAAUAUAGGAGAACCUUUGAUAAAUGAGCUUGACCAGAAAGAUCUCGAAAUUGCUAAGUUGUUGAUUGGUGUAGUAAAGACAUAUGAGGAGUUGAUUGGAUUUGCAUCCAGAAAUCAUGUGCUGUCCCCGCUGUAUGUUCCUGUGUUGAUAUUUAUUAGGGAAACUCUAAUGAAAACAAAUAAUGUUUUGCGAGAGAUGGGUGAUCAGUCAACAAACUUUGAUCCGGCCAUCGAAAUGAUCGACAAGUAUUUAAAUCAAACGAAGGAGAACUUUGAGGUUAUUUUUGCCUCUGUUGCAUUUCUACCAGAGUUUAAACAUUUUAAAUAUAUUAAAGAGUAUUACAAAUCAACUUUCAAUAAAGUCUUGAAUCCUAGAGACUUACUGGCCAAUAUUCUAGUUAAGCUUGGACGCUUCCAGCCCGUCAUCAACAUUCUAGAUUCUGAGCAACCUAAAGUACCGCUCGAUACCCCCAUUAUUCCUUCCCAGCCUGAUGCUACGUUUGACACCUUUGAACCCCAGGUGUUUAAUAUAAUAAGCGCUCAUCUCGAUGAAGAAUAUGAUGAUUGUAUAAAUUUUAUUAAGAGUUCUUUUACACUAGAGUUUGAAAAAAAGCUAAGGCUUAAAGGGAUUCGUAGAGAAGAUACUCAAGAUGGUAUCGGAUACUUCAAGCAAAGGGACGGUAAAAAACUAAGAGUAAGUGAUGUAGAAAUUUUUUUGUUCAAAGCUGAAAUUUGCAUAGAUGUUCAGCAUCAAUACAGAAAGGAAACUAAUAAAGAUUCCAGUAAGCUGAACAGCCAUCAAUUCUUACCCGUGGCCAUGGAUUAUUUAUUUUCAUUUUCAGUUACAUCAAUUAACGUUAAGAGAUCGCUUUCUGAUUUGAAAAGAAAUUAUAAGGAUCGACUACAUAUGCUGAAGGACCGAACUGCGUUUUGCACUGCAAAUGUCACUAGUGUUGAGAAGUCGUGUCUGGAUAUGGAUAUAUUGGAAAGCUUUGAGAAGAAGACGCUUAAAGAAGUUCUUGGUUACAAAAAAAUCGAUUGA